AUGGCACUUACACUGGACUUAGAGCAGCGCCAGCAAGAUGAAGUCGAUAGCAUAGCGUCUAUCUACGGGGAUAUUUUCCGGAAUUUAACCGGGAAGGAAUUGGUGUGGAAUCGCAAACCCAGUCCUCAUUUUCAAGUAGACUUAAUAUCGAACGAAGACCCUGAUCAUCCUGAAUUAUCACUCACAUUGGACAUAGAAUUCACCAAGACGUAUCCCACGUCGUCCCCCAUUGUGAAAAUAAUACAUGCUAAGAACAUACUUGGUUCGAAAGUGGAGCAACUCAACUUAUUAAUACAUCAAUUGUUGCAAGAGUACCCAGAGCAGGAAAUCUGUUAUAUUCUUAUCAGUGAGGUUAAAGACGCUUUAGAUGAGUGUCAAAGGAACACCCAAAAGGUGUUAUCUUUGGAAGAAGAACGAGAGCAAAGACUAAAACAGAAACAAGAGAAGCUUCUCGAGUAUGAAGAAGCUCAAGAAAGAGAACUACGAUUGGAGCAGGCCAAACAGUCCGCUGAGCUCAAUGCUCAAAUCCAGAAGAUCCAGGGUGAAUACAGAUCUGUGUCUCGGGACAAUCUUGAAAUAGUUGAAGAGGAAAUGGGAUCGGACUUGCCGGCCAAUAUCUCCGAUUAUACUGUCUUUGAUAACGAUCUUACUGGCACAGUUGAGUCGAUCAGAUUAAAAUUUCUGUUCAAGGCCGUUAAAACCAAAUCUCAAUACAAGGGGAGAGACCUAUUUUCCUCAAUUGCAUCACAGCAUAUUGUCACUCCUCACUUGAAUGCUAGUACUAGAGAAAAAGUGACAAGUAAAGGCAUAAAGAUCGAGUACGUGCUUUCGGAGGUUGAGUUGAGAGGUCCGUUUUGGCUUAAAGAGGAAGGAAAACGAGAAAUUCAAAACUUAGAAGGAGAAUUGGACUCGUUGACUGGUAAAAUACACCCGAAUAUUCUAACAUUAGUGGGAUACCAGAUCAAGAAAAUGAGCAACCAAGGAUGGAAAAUUCACUUGUUGGUCGAACAUCCGAUAUCCUCGAUAUCUCUCGAUGAGGUACUUGAAAGACAAUCUAACAUUGAUUUUGCUGUGUCCAGGGCAUGGUUGAUUCAGCUUUUACCAGCAUUAGAAACUUUGCACAACACGGGCCAUACUUUCAAAUUCAUUAACCCGUUAUCGGUUCUUCUAUGUGAUCUGGAUGGGUCUAACUCCGACACCAGGGAUCCCCAGCAGGUUCGGCUUGUCUACCCAUCGUACGGCUAUACUCUUAUGAGUAUGGUUAACCGCAACCCUAAGCCCCCUUUUCAAGCUGACUACUCAUUCUUAACUUUAGAUAUGCCAACUGAAUGGCUAGCUCCAGAACUACAGAAGCAGUCCAAAGGUUACCAAAGGAAAACUGAUGUGUGGGACUUGGGCAUUUUGUUCAUGAAAAUCAUGAUAGGAAGUAAAACUAUUGAAGAAUUGUACCACGGUCCCCAAGAGUUCAUUCAGGCUGUGAAUAAUAGCGAAAUUCAAGAUGAUAGAGAGUAUGCUGAUGAUGUUUACGAGAUGCUCAGCAAGAUGAUCCAAGCAAAGUUGUCUAAGAGACCAAGUAUUUUGGAAGUGAAUGCUGUUAAGUUCUUAAGAGAUGGUCCGGUUUUGCAGAUCGAUAUCAGGUUCAAAAAUGGCCGGUUCAUUGUGGAUGGAAAGGGCACAUAUGUACCCUAUGGUGAUAUAGAAGAUGAUCUGAAGAAUACGCCAACUACACACGAUCUUGAGAAUGAAACUUUACAGAAAGGUCCAAUAGGUCGAUACGAAAGAGAUUUUGAAGAAAUUGGUCGGCUUGGAAAGGGUGGGUUUGGCGAAGUAGUAAAGGUGCGUAAUAGAAUGGAAGGAACUUUCUAUGCCAUCAAGAAGAUCAAGCACAAGACUCAUAAAUUAGAUUCUUUGUUAAGUGAAGUGCUCUCUUUAGCAAGAUUGAACCAUCAGUACAUCGUUAGAUACUAUGGUACUUGGGUGGAAGAACUACAAGAAAAUGAUAAUGUUGAGUCGGAUACCCACCAUAGUGACCUCGAUGUUUCGGAUGGAGAUUUUGAAGAUAACAUCAUUAAGAGUUCUACUUCAUUCCUUGGAACUACUGACAACUCCUUCCAAGUAGACUUUAUUCUGAACUCAUUUGAUCCCCAAAUCACAUUUGGGACCCUCGAUACGGAUGACGACGAUGAUGAUGUCAAUUUCGAAUUCGGCUCCAGAUCGGAUUUAGAAGAAGAAGAAGAAGUUUCGACGCCCAAUAAUAUUCAAACCCAUAAACGCAGACAGUCGUACGUUAAAUUGACUUCGAUGUCAAUGCUUUACAUCCAAAUGGAGUUCUGCGAGAACAACACUCUACUCAAUUUGAUUGAACAGGGUCUUCCAAACAACUCUUCAGAAUAUUGGAGAUUGUUCAGACAGCUCCUUGAAGCUGUUUCGUAUAUCCAUCGAGAAGGAUUCAUUCACCGAGAUUUGAAACCAAUGAACAUUUUUAUUGACAAAGCGAACAAUAUUAAGGUUGGUGAUUUUGGAUUAGCCAAAAAUUCCCAGUUUUCUUCAGUGUUACUGACUAACAAUCAAGUUACUUCCUCUGGUGAUAGAGACUUAUCUACAGUUGUUGGAACUCUCUUCUAUAAUGCAAAAGAGGUUGCAACAGGUUAUUACAAUGAAAAGGUAGAUAUGUAUUCCUUAGGAAUCAUCUUUUUUGAAAUGUGCUAUAACCUUGGAACUGGGAUGGAGAGAGCCAGAAAGAUUAAUAAUUUAAGAUUGGUAACGAUUGAAUUCCCAAAAGAUUUUCCCGAUUCCAAAUACAGAUUAGAGAAGAAGAUCAUCAGAACCUUGCUAGACCAUGAACCGAAAAAGAGACCAGGUGCCUCCGAAUUACUUCAGAGUGGGUGGAUGCCAGUGGAACAUCAAGAUCAAGUUAUCAAGGAAGCGUUGAAAUCUUUAGCUGAUCCUGCUUCCCCAUGGCAACAGCAAGUUAGACAAACACUCUUUGACCAACCAUAUCUGCAUGCUAGAGACUUGAUGUUCGAUGAUCCACAUCAAAGAAAACUGAAGCAACAAAUUGAAUAUACUAUGGGUGAUUACCUUCUAUUUUAUAAUAUGAUAGAAGUCAUUACGGCAAUCUUCAAAAAGCAUGGUGCUAUUGAGGAGUUCAAUUCGGAUUUGUUGAUUCCCAAAUCCCCAACAUACUCAAGAGAAGCAGUCUUUGAAGUUCUAGACAGAAGUGGUGGGGUGUUGCAUUUACCAUACGAUUUGCUUUUGCCGUUUGCCAGAUUUUUGAGCAGAAAUACAAUCACUGUUCCUAAGCUUUUCAGGCAUAACUUUGUGUUUCGACAAAACUUAAGAGGCAUUGGAGCCCCUGAAAAGUUUAGUGUUUUGAGUUUUGAUAUCGUGAGCAAUGACAUUAUCAAUUGCCAUAUGAAUGAUGCAGAAUGUCUCAAAUUGAUGGAUGAAAUAAUAUGUUCAUUUCAGUGCUUUAAUAUCAAGGGCUCAAAUUGUGCUAUUUUUGUAAACCAUUAUGACAUAUUGGAUGCCGUUUUAUCCUUUGCAUUUGGAAAUAUAGGCAUUGAUGACAAAACAAAACUUGGAAUUAUGGAGAGUCUCUCUCAGUUAGGAGUUGAUAGAGGACCAGAAGAAAUUAAAAAGUAUUUGAGAGACGAGUUCAAGGUACCUCAAACUGUGACGAACGAUUUGAUUGAUACUUUCAACUUCACCAUCGAUAUCGAAAAGGCUGGCAACAAGCUUCAGAAGUUAUUGAAAGACUCGCCAUUGAUGUUGAGAGUUGAACGUAGUAUCAAAUACUUGAUGAAUGUCACCAAUCUAGCAAAGAAUUUGAGAAUCACUACAAAGAUAUACUUUAACCCGUUAUGCAAUUAUAAUUGUAAGUACUACACAGGUGGGAUUAUGUUUCAAUCGUUGUUCAAAGUUGACAAGGUCAGGACGUAUACAAGAAUUGCUACAGGUGGCCGGUAUGAUAAUCUCAUUAAAGAUUUAUCAAACACAGGACUUUCUAAACGAACAAGAAACCUUGGAGUUGGUUUCCUGUUGUCGAGUACUUACUUGUUUUUGCUUUUAAAGAACUUUGAAAAGAAAAUAACUGUGGACAAGAAUAAAAAGUGGAAGAAAGGGAGAUGUGAUGUUCUUGUGACUAGCUUAAACAGAGACCUUCUUGGUGAUUGCGGACUUGAAGUUGUGGGAGACUUCUGGAAUAGUGGGGUGAGUGCCGACAUCUACUUGGCUUCUUCACAGGAAGAUUACCUAGAUAAAGCCGAUUUUGAGGGUAUACCUUGGGUUGUGAUCAUCCGUCAGUCAACUACAGCAAACAAGAAAUCCAAGAAAUCCAAUGCCAAUUAUAAGUCUUUAAGAAUCCGAGAUAUGGAAAGAAACAAGGACACCGAUAUCGAUGUUGAAGGUGCUGUAAAGUACCUUAAAGAAGCCAUUGACAGUAGGAGACAAGAGGAAACUGAUGGAGAAUCCCCAAAUGAAGAUGUUGCACCCAACGAUUCCAAUGAGUUCAUAUUGGGUGAUAGCCCGUUGUUUUCGGUAGAAAUCAACCAAAAGCCAGUGGUUGUCAGUAAUGAGGCUCCACGUGGAAGGAAGAAUAAGACAAACAAAUGGGAGCAAGAAAACGACUCCAUUAUCGCAUCUGCCAACUUCAUGAAAACAUUAGCCAAUGCAGUUGUAAUCAGCAUCGAUGUCUCAGACGAUACAUUGGAUGUUAUUCAAAGUACAUCCAUGAGCCUGCAAGACUUGUGGAUUCGUAAGAUGUAUGCUUCAGGAAGCAACAUCACCAGGACUUUCGCAGUGAACAUUUAUAAUACUUUGAUGAAAGAAAAGAUGAAAGGAUCUCGAUGGGUGUUAUUACAUUCAGGUAAAACAAAUAAUACGGUGGUAGUAGAUCUUAACAGAUAA